CAUAACAACAAUGGUCUAAAAUCCUCUGAGAGUCCUAUGGUGGAGAUGCUGCGAUCCAGGAUUGAUGAACAGUCCAGUUUGAUCUGUGUACUGAAGCAUAGAGCAGAUGAGACACUUCUAAGAUCUCAAGCCCGGCAAAAAAUCAAUGCUGAGCUUGAAGUCCAGUUAGCUCACAUUCAGAAUGAACUGGACAUGGAACGGAAGAGAGCAGAUUUAUUAGAAAAAAGAUUUGCAGAUUUAGCUGCAAACAAUCAAGGAAUCAUUUCUUUCAUGGAGGAGCACAAAUCCCAGAAUGCCCUGUUAAAACUGGAAAACAAGCGGCUGCAGUCAGAAAAUGAUUCACUUUUUUCACAAAAAUUACAUGACAGAGAGGUUCUAAUUCAGAAACUCAGCCAAGAAAUCAAGCUGCUGCAUGAGAAAUGUAUAAACCAGGAAAAGGAAUACAGGACAAAAUUAACCGGAUGUGAGUCAAAACUCAGAGAACAGGAUCUUCAGCAUAAAGCUAAGGAGACUUCACUACUCAGUCAGCUGCAAGACGCUCAACAGAAACACAAAGAUGCUACAGAAAUGUGCAAAGAUUUGAAGCAGAAACUAGAAGAUGCUAGAGAGCAGCAUGCUUCGAAAGAAAUCAACAUGAAGGAAAGCAUAGCUGACCUGACCGAGGAGAGGAACAAAUUGCUGAGCCUCUCCGUGGAAAGAGGCAAAGUAAUACAGGAGAAACAAGUUGAAAUCCAGCAGUUAGAGACAAAAUGGAGAGAAGAGAAAAAAGCCCGGACCAUGGCAGUGGACAGGUAA